AUGGUUAAGUUCCUCUCAGGCGUUAAAAUAAUGAAUGAACUAGCCAAGGGUGUUCAGACCAUGAGAUAAUUCAUCUACCCUUCAGUUCUCUAAAAAGAAGCGAUUCCAGUCUUGAAGAAAAAACAAAACAAGAAUGUGAUAGUGCGCUAUUCAAUGAUGAGUGGCAUCAAGCUUACUUUGCUGUUGCCAACUAUUGAUAAUUUGCUCAGAAAAGUAGUGACUUCAGUGGCAAACGAGAAAUCUGACAUGCAUUACGUGCUCAUUCUGUGCCAUAGCACCAUCAGAUGCGCGGAAGUAGAGGAAUUCGUGAGGAAACUGACCACUUUUUGCAAUGAUGUGCUCGACAUUGUGAACCUAUACUCUGAUGAUAACUCAGAAAACAUCAUCACUCUAAAAAAGAGCAUGAAUAUUGAUUAAUCAUCAACUUCUGCCUAAGCUAACAUGAAAGCCAUAUAUAAAUCCAGAUGCAAGGUCCUUAUCAGCACUCCUAAUCAAGCACUGCAUCUGUGCAAAAAGGAUGCCUUUAAGCAGACUCAGUGCGCUAGUUUGAUAGUUGACAAGAUUGAUAUGCACAUCGCAUUGGAUUAGGCAAGUGAUUUAUUGGAGAUUGCUAAGUUAAGCUCUGAGCCUAAGUUCAUGACCAUUAUUACAACUAACUUCAAAGAUGACUAAAAGGAGGAUGAAAGCUUUUAAGCACUCAAGAAGGCUUUGUUCAGAGAGCAAAAGGCGUUGAUUAUCCAGGUUAAUGAAGAUCACAGAGUUAAAAGCAAAUUUGAAAGAAUUGAACAUUACUAUGUGCUGACUCAAACCAAUCUUGAUAAAUUCGUUUUGCUUUUCACUUUGAUCAAGUUGGGCAUUCUCGAUGGAAAAACUUUGAUUUACACCAGCGACGUAGUUCAAGCUUACAGAAUAAAAAUAUUUAUGCAGAGAUUCCAAUUGAAGGCAUUUGUACUAGCCCCAGACAUGCCUAAGAAUCAAGCCAAAUCACUUAUUCAUUUCUUCCAUAUUGGUCAAUUCAACAUCAUGAUUGUCUUGCAGUCUGGCUACUCCCACCAACCUGAAUUCAAAAACAUUCAACAUGUCAUCAACUUUGAUGCUCCUGAGAAAUAUAACCAGUACAAGGAAGCAGGCCAGCAUAUUGAGUUUGACAAUGGAAGUGAGUUGACAUUCAUUAAUCCUCAGUCAGAUAAGGACAAACUUGAACUCUAUCAACGUAAGCUUAUGAAAGCUUUCAGUAAUGCUCACAUGCUUAAGUGUAUUCCAGUGCUUUGGCAAGAACUUAUGAAAAUAAAGACUAGAGUUGAGGAUGUGGUCAAGACUCUAGAUAACAAAAAGGUCAAAGAGGAAAAGACCAAUGAAUUCAAAAAGCAACUGCUCACCAAUAAGAGACUCAAGGACUAUUUCUCUAACAACCCUCAAGAAAAAGAGAUUCUGCUUAACGACCUAGCCAAGUCUGACACCUCGUAGAGAGACAGAUUUAUGUUCAAGCAUUUGGGCUUCUUGCCUUCAUAUGCUCUACCUCAGCAAGUUAUGGCCAUCACUCCUGAGUAAAUCCAGCAAUGCACUGUUGGAACUAAUAGCAUACUUAGUGGAAUCGGCUCCUUCUCAGGCAUAUUGUCUAGUGACAAAUAAUUAACAAGCUAAAGAGGACUAAAUACGUUAGAAGGAUUUGCAGAUGCAACUGAGUCAAAUAGUAGUCUAGUAUAGAACCUUGCAUCUCUACCAGCGACAAUUCAAAGAUAUCACUUAACUUAGAAUGAGUUAAACUAAGAUAAAUAAGAAGACUUAGCAUUCAAGAAUGAAGACCCAGCACUUGUGAACUACGAAUCAUUAGAACCUACAAGUGGCAGAAAGAUGUGGAAAAUCAGACAUCACAAGGUUGUAAAGAAGAAGCUAAAGCCAUUCAAGAAUGGUUUUAUUGGAAACUGA